AUGGGUCAAAAUAUAUUGAUUGAUGAGCUAAAUGAAGCAGACUCAAAUUAUACCGAAAUGAAAUACGUAUAUUAUAAUGACAAGUUGCAUAAUUCUAAUACAACACAAAUAAGGGAAGAACCCAUUGUUCAAGAUUGGAGAAUGCGAGAAAGACUUAAAACAGUUUCCGCCGCAUUAGUUCUAUGCUUAAAUAUUGGAGUUGAUCCACCCGAUGUAGUUAAACCAAGUCCAUGUGCAAAACUUGAAUGCUGGGUAAAUCCAUUUUCAUUACCACCACCAAAAGCAUUAGACGCAAUUGGCAAAAAUCUACAGGCACAAUAUGAACAGCUUAGUGUCAGAACCCGUUAUAGGCAAUACCUUGACCCCUCGGUUGAUGAGAUGAAAAAGUUUUGCACAAGUCUUAGAAAAAAUGCCAAAGAAGAAAGAGUUUUGUUUCAUUAUAAUGGUCACGGUGUUCCAAAACCCACAGCAAGUGGUGAAAUAUGGUUUUUUAACAAGCUUUUUACACAAUAUAUUCCAGUAUCUUUGGGUGAUUUACAAUCAUGGCUUGGUUCACCUUGUAUUUAUGUUUAUGAUUGUUCAGCUGCUGGAAAUAUUCUUGAGAGCUUCAAAAGAUUUUCAGAACAAAGAUAUUUAGAAUCUUCAAGAAAUGACUCCAAUGGUAAUAUUUCGCAAACUCCUAUGAAUAUCCAUUUGGCAGCAUGUGGUCCAAAUGAAACUCUGCCGAUGCAUCCACAUCUUCCUGCAGACUUAUUUACAUCAUGUUUAACAUCACCUAUCGAAAUUGCUUUACGUUGGUUUGUGUUACAAAAUCCAUUACCAUCUUAUUUAACCGUGGAUAUGGUGAUUAAACUCCCUGGAAGAUUACAAGAUCGUCGUACACCUUUAGGUGAAUUAAAUUGGAUUUUUACUGCAAUAACUGACACAAUUGCCUGGAAUGUUCUUUCACGCGAUCUUUUCAAGCAAUUGUUUCGUCAAGAUUUAAUGGUCGCUGCAUUAUUUAGAAAUUUUUUAUUGGCAGAAAGAAUAAUGAGACGUUACCAAUGUAAUCCAAUGUCAUAUCCUAAAUUACCACACACGCACGAUCAUCCAAUGUGGGAUUCAUGGGACCUCGCUGUGGACAUGUGCUUAUCACAGUUACCUGCUCUUCUAAACUCGGACAAAAAUGGUGGCGAUGUGGAAUAUAUACAUUCUACUUUUUUUGAUGAACAAUUAACAGCCUUCCAGGUGUGGUUAUCAAAAGGUUCGGUUUCGCAAAAACCCCCAGAACAAUUACCUAUCGUACUACAAGUUCUUCUAAGUCAAGCUCAUAGAUCUCGAGCUCUUGGGUUAUUAAGCAAAUAUCUAGACUUGGGUCCAAAAGCAGUUAAUUUAGCACUUUCCAUAGGAAUAUUUCCCUACGUAUUGAAAUUACUUCAAAGUCCUGCUGCUGAUUUAAAACCACCAUUGGUAUUUAUUUGGGCCCGUAUUUUAGCUGUUGAUAGAUCUUGUCAACAAGAUCUUUUAAAAGACAAAGGUUAUGAAUAUUUCGUUAAUAUUUUAUCUCCAAAUACCAAUUUAAACAUUCCGAAUGAAUCAGAACAUAGAGCAAUGUGUGCCUUCAUAUUAGCAGUUUUUUGUACCAAUUCUAAUCAAGGACAAGCUGCUUGUAAAAAUUCUAAUGUCUUAAAUGCGUGUUUGGCACGUCUUAAUGAUGCAGAUCCGUUAUUAAGGCAAUGGGCAUGCUUGUGUAUUGGUCAGUAUUGGUUAAAUUAUCCAGAUGCUAAAAAUGAUGGUAUUGAAAAUCAAGCACAUUUGAAACUAUUUAAUCUUUUGAACGAUCCGGUUCCUGAGGUUAGAGCAUCAGCACUUUAUGCCUUUGGCACGUUUAUUGGAGAUUUAGAACGCACAGAUCAAGUUCUUAAUAUUGAUCAUAACAUUGCCAUUAAUAUACUUGAUGCAAAUAAUGAUGCAUCUCCUAUAGUGCGAAGAGAAUUAGUGAUUGCACUUUCGCAUAUAGUUCAUCAAUAUCAGGAUCAAUUUGUAAAAGCAGCUUAUGAAGAGGUACAAGAAAUAAGAAGAAGAAAUUUAACAACGAGGCAGUUUAGAGAAGUUCGAUCGAAUUCAGUCUAUUCGUGUGUAUGGAAAGCAUUAUUAAAUUUAUCUGCAGACUCCGAUUUUGAAGUAAACCAAUUUGCUAUGACUGUGAUUGAUUAUAUAAAUGAGAAAUUAUUACAACCUAAUAUAAAAGAAAAUUGUGCUGCAUUGAUUCGAAAUGUGUUGAAUGAGCAAGGUUCUCAAGAAAUAGAAGGUUAUAGACAAUCAUCAAAUAAUAGAACUAAUUCAUCAAAUUAUGAAGUACUACCAUUAAAAUCUAAAUUCUUCGACUGGAGUUGUGAAUAUUUUCCUGAAUCUGAACAGCUUGGAAGUGUUGAUGAUAAUGUAAGAUUAUGGAGACAUAAGAGAAAUGAGAGUUUAAUACAAAUCACAAAACCGUUGAAAGAAGUUGCUGGGUCGAGUCGAUGGAAUAAACAGGUAGCUUUGUUUAAUAACGAUUCAGAACCUUCAAAAUUACUUUUUCAUCAAUUUGAGCCAUAUCUUGUUGCAGCAAAUAAAGAUGCAAUAAGUGUGUGGAACUGGAAGGAUCAUUAUCGUGUUAAUACUUUUACAAAUGAUAAUCCUGGUGAAAGUAAAAUCACAGCAUUAAAAUUUAUAAAUGAAGAUGAUGCAUCAAUGCUACUUACAGGAUCAAGUGAUGGAGUUGUUCGAAUAUUCCGCAAUUAUAGUUCUUCUUCUUCAACUGAAUUAGUGACAUCAUGGCGAGCCAUGCCAGAAAUUUUACCAAAUAGCACAAGAAGCGGCUUAAUAGCAGAAUGGCAACAAUCUCGUGGAAUACUUUUGGUUGGAGGUGAUGAUAGAGUGAUUAGAGUAUGGGACGCUUUACGUGAAAUUACAGUUUCGUCAAUUUCAACAAGGUCGGGUAGUUCUAUUACAAGUCUUACAAGUGAUGGUGGUGACUUGUUUGCUGCAGGGUACGCAGAUGGAGCAGUUCGUUUAUUUGAUAGACGUAUUCAACCAAGAGAUGCAUUGAUUAUGACAAGUAAAGAACAUAAGAACUUUAUAAUAAAUAUUGUUUGGCAAAGAGGUGCAGGGCACAAAUUGGUAUCUGGAAGUAAAUCUGGAGAAAUAAAAUUGUGGGAUUUAAGAAACAACUGUUCAAAGGUAACAAUUUCAGAUGAUCCCAAUAAAUCUGAAUUAAAUGCUAUGGAUGUUCAUCAUAAUGCAGAAGUUGUGGCAGGCGUCCAUUCAAACCAAUUGAUCAAAGUAUGGAAUACAACCACUCUUGCAAAUCUUUCAGUAACGCGCUACAAUACAGGGUUUUUGGGUUGGGGUGCACAAGUUACUUCAUUAACACUUGCUGGCCAUCAUAUGGUAAUGGCAAUAGGCGCUACUGAUAAUUACAUAUCACUUUAUGGAAUCUCUAACAAUUAA